UUUCAAAUUUAAAAGUUCUGAGUCGCUCCCCAAUGUCUGAUGCCUCUGUCACUUGUGAGUGCAAGUCUCAGUCUUCAUUUGUCAGCAGCACUGAUCAGGAAGAGAAAAUUACAGAUUUGGCCAGUCACUGUAUCCUUGAGAAGGACCUUUAUCCAGCUGAAGAUGCUGAUCACCUUUUCCCUAGGAAAAUGACAUCCCAUAACGGGAUGGAGGACAGUGGAGGUGGAGGCACAGGGGUGAAAAAGAAACGGAAGAAAAAGGAUCCAAGUGAACAAGAGGCUGUAGAGAAAGGAGUCAAGGAGAAAGAACCCAAACCAAAGAGGAAGAGAGAACCUAAAGAACCAAAAGAACCUAAAAAGGCCAAAGAGCCUAAAAAGCAGAAGGAGCCGAAACAGAAGGAGGCUGUUAGGAAGUCUAGGAAACCGAGGGAGCCCAAACUAUCGAAGGAUGCUAAAGACAAAAGGAGCAACACAGAUUCAACACCCAAGAUGAAAACCAAGAAGGCCAGUAAGGAGCAAGGACCAACUCCAGUAGAGAAGAGAAAGAAAGGGAAAAGGAAAAAUGAUAUAUCAGUGGAAAGCCUAGAGCUGGAUCAGGGCCUACUGGGUUCAUCUCAUCGGAACACAGAGGAAUCCACUGAGUCUGCUGACAGCCAGAAACGACGCUCAGGACGACAGGUGAAGAGAAGAAAGUACAAUGAGGACCUGGACUUCAAAGUGGUGGAUGAUGAUGGGGAAACGAUUGCAGUGCUAGGGGCUGGUCGCACCUCAGCCCUCUCCGCUUCCACACUGGCCUGGCAAGCAGAGGAGCCUCCAGAAGAUGAUGCUAAUAUCAUUGAGAAGAUUCUGGCAUCCAAGAUGGUACAGAAGGAGGUUCACCCUGGGGAGCUUCCUUUUGACAUGGAGCUAUUCUACGUCAAGUACAGGAACUUUUCCUAUUUGCAUUGUAAAUGGGCAACAAUGGAAGAGCUGGAAAAAGACCCUCGCAUCUCUCAGAAGAUAAAGCGCUUCAGAAAUAAGCAAGCACAAAUGAAGCACAUUUUUACUGAGCCUGAUGAAGAUUUGUUCAAUCCAGACUAUGUAGAAGUUGAUCGUAUCUUAGAAGUGGCCCACACCAAGGACUCUGAUACAGGGGAAGAGGUGACUCAUUAUUUAGUGAAGUGGUGUUCCCUGCCAUAUGAAGAAAGCACCUGGGAAUUGGAAGAAGAUGUUGAUCCAGCUAAAGUGAAAGAAUUUGAGUCUCUUCAAAUUCUCCCUGAAAUUAAACAUGUGGAGCGUCCAGCUUCAGAUUCGUGGCAGAAACUUGAGAAGUCUCGGGAGUACAAGAACAAUAAUCAGCUUCGAGAGUACCAGCUUGAGGGGAUGAACUGGCUCCUAUUUAACUGGUAUAAUAGAAAAAACUGUAUUUUGGCUGAUGAGAUGGGCCUAGGGAAAACCAUACAGUCCAUCACAUUUCUCUCAGAAAUAUUUCUGAUGGGAAUACAUGGUCCUUUCCUCAUCAUUGCUCCAUUGUCUACCAUUACUAACUGGGAGCGAGAAUUCCGAACAUGGACAGAGAUGAAUGCCAUUGUGUAUCAUGGCAGCCAGAUUAGCAGGCAGAUGAUCCAGCAGUACGAAAUGCUCUACAGGGAUGCCCAGGGCAACCCACUCUCUGGAAUCUUCAAAUUCCAUGUUGUUAUUACAACAUUCGAGAUGAUUUUGGCUGACUGCCCAGAGCUGAAGAAGAUUCAUUGGAGUUGUGUGAUAAUUGAUGAAGCACACAGACUGAAGAACAGGAACUGCAAACUUCUGGAGGGAUUGAAGCUCAUGGCUUUGGAACAUAAAGUGCUGCUGACUGGGACUCCCUUGCAGAACUCUGUGGAGGAACUCUUUAGUUUACUGAAUUUCUUGGAACCGUCACAGUUUCCUUCAGAGACUGCUUUCCUGGAGGAGUUUGGAGAUCUGAAGACAGAGGAACAGGUGAAGAAGUUGCAAUCCAUACUGAAGCCCAUGAUGCUGCGGCGACUGAAAGAUGAUGUGGAAAAGAACCUAGCUCCCAAACAAGAGACAAUCAUUGAAGUAGAGUUGACCAAUAUCCAGAAAAAGUAUUAUCGAGCCAUUUUAGAGAAGAACUUUUCCUUCCUGACCAAGGGGGCAAAUCAGCAUAACAUGCCUAAUCUCAUCAACACCAUGAUGGAGCUGAGAAAGUGCUGCAAUCACCCCUAUUUGAUCAAUGGGGCAGAGGAGAAAAUUCUGGAAGACUUCCGUAAAACACAUAGUCCUGAUUCUUUGGACUUUCAGCUGCAGGCCAUGAUUCAGGCAGCAGGCAAACUGGUGCUAAUUGAUAAAUUGCUCCCCAAGCUCAUUGCUGGUGGACAUAAAGUGCUCAUCUUCUCCCAGAUGGUGCGUUGCCUUGACAUACUAGAAGAUUAUCUCAUCCAGAGACGGUACACAUAUGAACGGAUUGAUGGCCGAGUACGAGGAAACCUACGCCAAGCCGCUAUCGAUCGUUUCUGUAAACCAGACUCAGAUCGCUUUGUCUUCCUCCUGUGCACCCGAGCAGGAGGCCUUGGUAUCAAUCUCACUGCUGCUGACACCUGCAUCAUUUUUGAUUCAGAUUGGAACCCACAAAAUGAUUUACAGGCUCAAGCUCGCUGUCACCGAAUAGGUCAAAGCAAGGCUGUGAAGGUCUAUCGUCUCAUUACUCGAAAUUCUUAUGAACGAGAAAUGUUUGACAAAGCCAGUCUCAAGCUGGGGCUGGACAAAGCUAUCCUGCAGGACAUUAAUCGAAAGGGAAGCACAAAUGGGGUGCAGCAGCUCACAAAGAUGGAGGUGGAAGACUUGCUUCGGAAGGGAGCUUAUGGAGCCUUAAUGGAUGAAGAAGAUGAAGGUUCCAAAUUUUGUGAAGAAGAUAUAGAUCAGAUCCUACAAAGAAGAACCCACACCAUCACCAUCCAGUCUGAAGGAAAGGGAUCUACCUUUGCCAAGGCUAGUUUUGUGGCUUCAGGGAAUAGGACUGACAUUUCCUUAGAUGACCCCAACUUUUGGCAGAAAUGGGCUAAAAUAGCUGAACUGGACACUGAUGCAAAGAAUGAGAAGGAAAGCUUAGUGAUCGACCGGCCCCGUGUGAGAAAGCAGACCAAACACUACAACUCCUUUGAGGAGGACGAGCUGAUGGAAUUUUCUGAGUUAGACAGUGACUCUGAUGAGAGGCCCACCCGAUCGAGGCGGCUAAACGAGAAAACCCGGCGCUACCUCCGGGCAGAGUGCUUCCGGGUAGAGAAGAACCUGCUCAUCUUCGGAUGGGGACGGUGGAAAGAUAUCUUGACUCAUGGGAGAUUCAAGUGGCAUCUUAAUGAAAAGGACAUGGAGAUGAUCUGCCGGGCUCUCCUGGUGUACUGUGUCAAACACUAUAAGGGAGAUGAGAAGAUUAAGAGUUUCAUAUGGGAUCUGAUCACACCCACAAAAGAUGGACAGAACCAGGCCCUCCAGAACCACUCAGGGUUAUCUGCCCCAGUCCCCAGAGGGAGAAAGGGAAAGAAGACAAAGAAUCAGAUGCUGCUUCCAGAGUUAAAGAAUGCAGACUGGUUGGCCACCUGCAACCCUGAAGUUGUUCUACAUGAUGACAGCUACAAGAAGCACCUAAAACAACAUUGCAAUAAGGUGCUUCUUCGAGUUCGAAUGCUAUACUAUCUGAAAUCUGAAGUGCUGGGAGAAGCAGCAGAUAAAGCAUUUGAAGGAACCCCUGCCAGAGAGUUGGAUGUUUUGCUGCCUGAUAUUGACUAUGUGGAGAUCCCAGUGGAUUGGUGGGAUGCAGAAGCCGAUAAAUCUCUUCUUAUUGGAGUAGUCAAACAUGGUUAUGAAAGGUACAAUGCUAUGCGAGCAGACCCUACUCUUUGCUUCCUGGAAAAAGUUGGAAUGCCAGACGAAAAGUCGCUUUCUGCAGAACAAGGUGUCACUGAUGGUUCACAAGAUACUUCAGAGAGAAGCAAUCUGGAUAAAGAAGAUAAUACCGAAGACAAAUUAGAUGGUCUGCAGAAACAAUUGGAGGAUACCAGUUUUGGUGAAAGUGAGAAGAAGGAUGAAAACAUGGCAGCCCAGGAUGGCUCCGACCCAGACAGAUCGCCCUGGCCCGUUUCUUCCGCCCUUACAGCUCGGUUGAGACGCCUGGUCACUGUUUACCAACGUUGUAAUCGUAAGGAACCCACUCGAGCUGAAAUUUUAGGUCCAGGUAACCAGGGAUAUUGGAUCCAGGAAGACAUGUUUAGGAGAGCCUCUGAAAUGGACCCUAUCAACAAGGAUAUCCAGAAAAGAUGGACAAGAAGAGAACAAGCAGAUUUCUAUAGGACAGUAUCCUCCUUUGGCGUUGUCUAUGACCAAGAAAAGAAAUCCUUUGACUGGACCCAAUUUCGAGUCAUCUCACGCUUAGACAAGAAGACAGAUGAAAGCCUAGAAAAAUAUUUUUACAGUUUCGUAGCCAUGUGUAGAAAUGUUUGUCGCCUCCCCAUGUGGAAAGAUGAUGGUCCACCAGAUCCCACUCUCUAUGUUGAACCAAUCACAGAAGAACGUGCUGCAAGAACUCUCUACCGCAUUGAACUUCUGCGGAAGGUCCGAGAGCAAGUACUGAAAUAUCCUCAGUUGCACGAGCGCCUCCAGCUCUGUAGGCCUAGCCUGUAUCUGCCAGUCUGGUGGGAGUGUGGGAAGCAUGACCGAGACUUACUCAUUGGUACGGCUAAGCACGGGCUCAGUCGUACUGACUACUACAUCAUGAAUGAUCCACAGCUAUCCUUUCUGGAUGCCUAUAGAAACUAUGCUCAGCACAGAAGAACUGAAGCGCAAGGUCCAGAAAAUGCGUGUUGCCUUUACCAGACUAACUCUAGACUUUAUGAAUCCCUUACCUAUACCCAAAUGGGAAGGACUUGUGAGUCCAUAGAUACUGAACCUGAGAAUCAAAUAAAGAUGGAAAGCAUGGGUGAUAAUCUCAGCCAAACUGAAAGCAACCUACCUGAUGUCAUGUGUGAAAAUUUUAUUUCUAAAGUUCAGGAUAUCAUUUCUAUUAACCAUGAUGAAAGCUUAUUACCUGAUUCUUUGGAGUGUAUGAUGUUUGGUGAGAAGGUUUUCAACAGUGAGCCAAGUUCUUUCAUUCAAGAGAACCCCAGCAGCACCGAGUCCAAGAAAGAUGUUUCUGUAGCCUUAGCAAGUAAAAACAAAGAGAAUCACCCAGUUAGCCAUGAAGUAGAGGUGGCUACAAACCGCUGUUCCCUGGGUAAUUUAGAAGCAAAAAUAGAACAAAUGAGCAAUAGAAAUGAAAAGCAUUUGUCUCUCCUGACUAUAAAGGACAUGGACUCUAAUAAAUACCCACCUGCUCCAAGAUAUGAAACUGUAAGAUGUCCUGAAGCCAAAUGUAGUAUUCCCCAACCCUUUGAGCAAGGGAAUGUAAGUAGAUUAAUGGAGAUGUGUAGCCUUAGUGUUUGUAAUUCUGAAAGAAAACUUUCUUCAGAGCAACGGUUAAUUGAUUUGUUAGGAAAUAAAAGUCUAGAAGGUAAAUUAAUAUUGAGUCAGAACCAUAGUGAUGAAGAAGAGGAAGAAGAGGAAGAGGAAGAGGAGGAAAAUUCAGAAGUAGGGGCACAAAUAAGGGAAAGGCCAGAGGGUAUAGGUCAAACUGACUUCAGUAGUAACAUACCAAAUGAAAUGAACAGAGGCUUCACUAUAGAUAAAACCAAGGAAGGUGGCCCAGCAUCACAAAACUGCGAUCCUACAGAACUAAGGUGUAUGGAUCAAACAGUAUGUGAAUGUCACUGCAAACCUAUAGACAGAUGGAAAAGUCAGAGUAACAUUGUGGAAUUUGAGAUGGAAAAGACCAAGUUCCCUGACCCAGACUUGUACAAAGGCAAAACUGUUAACACUGUUGCUGUAGAAGGUGGAAACAAAACUCUCUUACCAGAGCCUUUGAAAGUGGACCAUGAGUUCUUAAAAGAAGAUUCCUGGGAAGAUAAGCUAGAAAGGCAAAGACGUUAUACCACAUGUCCUCUUGACAGGAGUGAACUAAAACAAGAAGAAAUGGACUUUGAGAACAAGGAAGAUGAUGAUGAUAAAGAUGGAAACUUACAGGGUCAAGAUUAUCCAGGAAAAUACUCUGAAGAAGAAAGUAAGAGUUCUACAUCUGGAAUAGCAGGAGACAUCGGGGACGAACUCCAGGAAGCCCGAGCACCAACCAUUGCCCAGCUUCUACAAGAAAAAACUCUUUAUUCCUUCUCCGAAUGGCCAAAGGAUCGAGUGAUAAUUAACCGCAUAGAUAACAUCUGCCAUGCAGUCUUAAAGGGCAAGUGGCCUUCUAGCCAGCAGUAUGAAAUGCCAAGCGCACUGCCUGCUCCGGUGUUAAUCAGCAGCCCUAGCUCACGAAACAGCCUUGCAGAGCAAGAAACACCAGGCCCCAACUUCAGCAAUGGAGCUGCAUUAGUCACACAGAUCCCAAAGGCAUCAUGUUUUAAGAAGAACUUUGGUCAGCUGGAGAGGACGUUGAUGGGAGGGGAGGAGAGAUGGACAACCAAGAUGGUAAAGAACCUAAAGGAAAGUUUCCUGGCUCCAGUAUUUGCCAAGGAUGAACGAAAGCACAGACGACCCUAUGAGUUUGAUGUGGAGAGAGAUUUGAAGUCUCGGAGCCUAGAGCAAUUCUCUGCUUCUCAUGGACACCCACCUAUUGUGCUCAAUGGCUGGCGUGGGGAGUCAGCCAUAGACCUCUCUUGCACACCUGAUGCAUCUCCAGCAACCACUUCCCCUUUCCCAUUGAGCACCAGCACACCCAAGGUUGGGACAGUCAGUACCCUCCAAGGAUCCCUUGGUAUGGACUUGUCUGGAAUUUUGCAAGCUGGGUUAAUUCACCCUGUUACAGGACAGAUUGUCAAUGGAACCUUAAGAAGGGAUGAUGCUGCCAUGAGAAGACGAAGAGGGAGAAGAAAAAAUGUAGAAGGGGGAAUGGACCUCGUCUUUUUGAAGGAUAGAACACUUCAGACAGGAAUUUUGGAGGUCCAAGAAGAUCAAGAGCAGCCCUCACCAAGCAGCACUCUCCCCGAAGGGCCAAUCUCGGCUACCUCAUCUCCUCACACAGUCACAACAACCAGUGUCCCAGCCGAGAAGACAAUUCCCAACAAGAGUUUGUUGGACUGGUUAAGGCAGCAAUCUGAUUAUACAAUAGAAGUUCCUACUUUUGGGACAAAUUUUUCAGACAAACCGAAGCAGAGAAGACAGCGUUGUAAAGAACCAGGAAAAUUGGACAUUGGCUCCCUAAGUGGAGAAGAAAGAGUCCCUGCUGUCCAUAAGGAGACAGGACGGCAGGGGUUUCUACCAGAAAACAAGUUCAGUCAGAUCCUAACUGAGCCAGUUCUCCGAGAUGCUGGUCCUAGAAGGAGAGGGAGGCGCCCACGAAGUGACCUCAUGAAGGCUCCUGGCAUCGUGGCCGACUCUCCCUCAGGAAUGGGACCGCUGUUCAUGAAUGGACUCAUUGCUGGAAUGGAUCUAGUAGGACUUCAGAGUAUGAGGAAUAUGCAGGGCAUCCCUCUCACAGGGCUGGUCGGGUUUCCUGCUGGCUUUGCAGCAGUGCCUGCUGGAGAGGAUGUCAAAAGCACCCUCAGUAUGCUGCCUAUGAUGCUGCCAGGCAUGGCAGCUGUACCCCAGAUGUUUGGUGUUGGAGGACUUCUGAAUACGCCCAUGACAACUACUUGUACUUCAACGGUUCCAACGUCUUUAACAAGCACAACUAAAAGUGGAAUGUCUCCUGGACUGAUCUACCCAUCAAUGUUUCUCUCUCCCGGCAUUGGCAUGACAUUGCCAGGCAUGCAGCAGACCAGACAUUCUGAGAACACAAGCCUAGAAAGCCAGAAGAGGAAGAGAAAGAAAGCGAAAGGGGAUACCCUGAAUCCAGACCCAGAAACUGUCCCCAUAUCAGAAAAAGAAUCUGGAAAUGGUCAGAACUGUUCAGAGCACACCCCACUUUUGCCCACAGAUAAAGAACAUGGUGUACAAGCUGAGCAAAGCGAUUUAAAAGGAACUCAUAGUGACACCAAUUAGAACUUUAUUUCAUUAAGAAAAUUAUUGUGGCUUGUAAGUUUCUUAUCCCAUAAAAGAUUUGUUAUUUCCCUCACUUCACCUUCAUAAAAACCUGUGUUUCCAUGAGUAAUAUUACCUACCUAAUUCCCUGUCCAGGAACUAUGAUAACAGAUAUUAAUAGUUUCAGGGUCUCGCCACUUUAUUAGAUAAAAGUGUUGUCUAGCUAGUCUGGGAAGCACAGAAUCCUCAUUCUGUUAUCCAGUUGUUCAUUCCAGCAAACAAUAGUAAAUUCAGUACUUGGUGACAUGCCCUACCCCAUUCCCUUCCAAAUUUUUUACUUAUUUGGUAGGGAGAAAAAGGCAAAAGAAAGUGUGUGUCUAGUGAUCCACAAUUAAAAUGCAGAAGAACAGAGACCAGGGGAAUAAUGCCUUUUUCUGUGAGUUACACUAAAUGGAAAACAAAACAAAUAAACCAGUAUUGGGGGACCAGAAGCACAUCUAUAAUACGUGCUAAUAUGUAUUUUUGAUUUACAAUGUUUCCCUAUGUUAUCAUGAUUACUAGAUGAGUAGAAUAGACAGGUAUAUAACUAAUGAUUGAAAACAUAUAUUCAUUUCUUUUUAAAAAAAAAAACAACAAAAACAUAACUGGUAGCAAUAUAAUUUCCCCCUUUCCUGGCUUUUCAGAUAUCUGAAGCAAGUGGAGAUGUGGUUUUAUACUUUACUAAAUGACAAUUUCGAUUUAUUUUCAGUGUCCCCUUUUCCCCACAGUUUAAAAAAAUGUUCUCAGUUUGGCUGAGGAAGCUUUACACAUGGUAGGCUAUGAGCAGAGGGACAGUGGGGAGGAACAGUCACACUACGUAAAGCCUAUUACUUUAGAAUUAUACUGGCAUUUUAUUCUUAUCUAUGGCAUUAAUACUCUUUACAGAGGGUUGGGGUUUUUUUUGUUUUUAGUUGUUUUUUUUUUUUCCUGGCAACGAAUUCACCCCCUCUGACUCCAAGGAAUGUGGAAGCGUGAUAGAUUUUAUUUUGCAUUGUUCCUUACCCAGAAGGGCGCCUCUGCUGAAACCUACAAGAAAUAGUCCAACAGAACAGCAGCUUUUACGUUUUGGAAGGUCCUUUCUCAAGGCCAUUGAAGUUUUUCAAAACUUUGAGCGUGUCCCCUCUGUCACCAGCACCACCACCAACACCCUGCCUUUUAUAAUGUUAGACUGUGAAAGCUUUUUUUUUUCCUCCCCCACUUCUUUAUAGCCUCUCUGUUAUGUUUGUAUUGGACAGUUGGAUCCAAACACCGAAUUAUUGAGACAGUCAAGAAUAUGUUACAAAUUAACAUUAUUUUUGAUUCUUCCUUAGACUCUCAAUCUUCAGAAGCUUGGUCUAAGAAGAAACCUGCGUAGUCAGUUCUCAUCAUCAUCCUUCUCCUCCACCUGCUGAUUAACAUUUUUCAGUACCCUUAGUCUUAGCUUUUGUGUUAGAGCUCAUGACCUGAGACUUGAAAUAAACUCACAUUGGUGGAGUGUACUGGGGGCAGUGGGCAGUGCAGUAGGACAGUUGGAAAUGUUGGAAGUAUUGCUAGUGUCCAUUGUUGUCACAAUUUACUGUAUUUUUUACAUUUUUCUGUUACAGUUUUCCUAAUUUAUCAGAAGGUCCAAACGUUUGACAUAACUAUUUCAGUUUGCAUUAUUUAUUUAUGAUGCUUGUCAUUGUCUUUUAUACAUUUGGGAUUAUAAAUUAUGUAUGUGUUAAAAUUAGCAUCUCAAAGAAGUCUGUUAAACCAUUACUGAAAAUUCAACCAAGUGUAUUUUCAGAAACUAGAUUCCCAGUUUCAUGGAUCAGAGGAGUAAACCAGAAAUUAUGUAACUGAUCAUAUAGCAAAGAAGCCAAUAAUUAAACAUGUUGUAUUUAAUAACACCCUUGUAGCAUAGCUGCUGUAUAAUGCUAUCUAUCCACAGAUUUCUUAGAAAUGCUGCUCUCUCUAUUUAACUAACAUUUUGUUCAGUUUUGCCUCCAGUGGAAGCAGAAAGGGUUUUUUCAGCUGUUAAAUCCAAAAUCAAUAUAAUUUAUUUAUGUAAAAAAAAAAAACAUUCGAUUGAUAUAUUUUUGAACCUUUAAGUACUAAUUUUCUUUUUAUCAAGUAGAAGAAAAAAAUGUAUUUGCCCUAAAUCCUUAAAAUACAAAUGCUAUAAAACUUCA